GUUAAUUAGCACGGUAAGCGUGGCUGACUGCUCUCUUGAUGACUGAAUUCUCUCUGACGCUUUCUGGGGCAAUUUCUAAACGAAAUAACCUAAUUCUAAUCAAUUAUAAUGAUGAUGAGGAAAUUAGUCGUCCGAAUUGGCCCGAAUUGGCGCUGAAAACGAGAUUUGGAAUCGAACUGAAUUUGAAGCUCUAAAGCAACGCAAGCUUUUUACAUGGAAGACACAAAGAACUUUAGCAUUAGUCAAUCUCGUAGUUUAAAUGCGGGCAGGAAGAUCAUCAAUCCUUUCGUCUGUGGGACUUUUAGAGAUUUUCACGCUGAGCGAGACUUCUUAAAAGAGGAAAUCUUUCCUAAGUUGAACUCCUUGUGUAGGGAACGCGGAUUGAGCUUCCAACCUGUUGACUUAAGAUGGAAUUCGAAACAAGGACAUGGAACAAGCGAACAGAUUUUACGAGUCUGUCUCGACAAUGUAGAGCGUUGUGCCCCGUAUUUUAUUUGUCUGUUGGGAGAUCGUUAUGGCGUGCACAGACCAGGUGAGAGUGAAGUCAAAAAUGAAGCAACUGAACAAUGGUUGGAUAAAAAUUUCGACACUGCAGCAUUGUGUGGAUACGAAUGGGUACACGAAGAAGAAUAUAGAUGCAGUAGCCUGACAGAGCUGGAGGUUGUUCAAGCAUCAUUCCGUAAGAAAUAUGAUUAUGGUUAUUUUUACUUUCGAAACCCUGAACAUUUGGAGGAAAAGCUGGCAGAAGUAGAUGAUGGUGAAAGAGAAAGAUUACUUGCUGAUCAUCAAUGUGAGAGUGAAUAUGCUGCAAAGAAACUAAAAGAAUUGAAACAGCAAAUAAUUGACACAGAUUUACCAGUGAAAACCUUCAACACAUUGAAAGAACUUGGGGAGCUAGUUUUACAAGAUUGGACAGCUGUGAUCGACACCUUGUACCCACCUAUCCCACCAUCAAUCUUCAGGAACACUCAUUCAGAAUUGUUCCAUCAGUGGUCACUUCAUGGGGCAUUUGAAAAUUCUCACCAGGAGAUCUUUAUCAGGUCUCCUGCCAUAAGAGAAAUGAUGGAUGUUUUGAAUGUACAUGCAGAAGUGGAUCAGGGAAUCAAGAGAAAGACUAGCAUGGCACUGACGCAUGUUCUGUUAAGUACGUUCAUGACAAGUGUCCCUGGUGAAGACAGAGACUCACUACCACCCAUCUUAGUUCUUGUGGGUGAACGAGGCUGUGGUAAAAGCGCACUGGUUUGUAAUUGGUUAAAACAAUUCGGCUCAUCAAACCCGGAAGUUGUCAUUAUCCCUCAUCACGUGGGAUGUGACGCUGCAUCCUCUGAGGUCACCAACCUUAUGAACCGCUGUACACACGAACUGCGUCUUCAGUACUUAAACUCAGUUGUGGAUGAUUCAACAGACGAUAAAAAUGUUACAGAUUUCGGGCGCGUAACUGAAGCCUUCAAGGCUGCCAUCGAUCUUGGACCGAGUGUCAUCGUAGUUGAUGGCGCGAAUGCUUUUGGCAAGUCACAUGACAAACCGGCUUUUGAAGUGAAAGAACUUGAUUGGCUCCCCGCCAAGUUGCCGAAGUUUUGCCGAAUGAUUAUCACGACCAUGAAGUCUGACAUCACAUAUCGCGCAAUGAAAAAACGAAGAGACACGACGUUCAUUGAAGUUGCUAAUCUUCUGGAUUCCAAAGCACAGAGAAAACUCCUCACCGAGUAUGUUGGGGCAAAUUAUACUAAGUUCAUGGAUGAUCAGCAUUUUGCUAAAAUUUCGAGCUCCAAGCUAAGUAAUUUACCGCUUUAUUACGUGUCAAUCGCAAACGAGCUGCGCGUACUAGGUGCGCACAAGAAUGCAGAGCGACAGCUUGAAACGUACAUUCAUGCACCGACCAUCUGUGAUCUGUGGAGGCUGAUCAUCAGGCGUUGGACGCAUGAUUAUGGAUGGUUGCGACCAGUGGCUAGCCGAAGCCCUGUACCGGCAAUCAAAACGCAGGCAUCACGUGACCGCAUGAACAGUGGUUGGGUGGCUGACGCCUUGAGAUUGUUGUCCGUUUCGCGAAAUGGAAUGAAAGAUAAUGAAAUGCUUGGAGCGCUGAAGGGAAUGGGUUAUGCAAAUAACUUUUCUAUCAGUACUGCGUAUUGGAGCAUGCUGCGUAUUGUAGCCCAGAAUGCACUGCUCGAGUUGCCCUCUGGUUUACUCGCCUUUUCACAUGACGUGGUGCGCAAUGCCGUCGACUUAGCUCUCCUUGGUAACCUCACCUCUCCUUCGCAAGAGCGCGUCGUUUCUCCAUUCAGCGAGAACUGGGAACGACAUAAGCAACAGUGUCAUAUAGUGUUGUCCAAUUUCUUCAAAAAAGAGCCUACGAGUCUGCGCAAGGUCGAUGAAUUACCAUGGCAACUGAUGGUCUGUGGGAAUCUAGAUGACCUCGCCAAAGUCCUCUCCGAUCCAGCAAUAUUCCUCUCUCUUGCGCAUGACCAGAACGAAACAAGACUAAAGCUUGACUUGCACUGUUACUGGAGGGCGUUACAAAAUGGAGGGCACAAACUGCACGAGAUUCUGCAAGAAAUGGCGUCGCAAGUUCAAGGACGACUUUCCAACGAAGAGCCCGAAAGAAAGAGGGUCGAUUCUGCACAUGUCUUCUCAAGUAUUAACGAGGAUUCCGCGCUCGAAAGAAUCUCCGCAAAGACCGAAGAAGACGUGUUAUCUCCAAUCGAAGUUACCACAAUCUUCUACCACAUUGGAAGCUUCCUCAAACACUACGAAAACUACUCCUCGGCGGAAAACUAUUUGUUGACAGCCUAUAAGAUUUGUUACCCUGUGGCGUCUGUCCAUGAUCUGGAGUUGAUGGUUCAGAUUCAACGUACUCUAGGUGAUUUGUAUGUCGUUAUGUUUGAUAUGAGUAAUGCGGAGGUUUGGUAUACUAAUGCCAUGAAAACGAUGGACGAGAUGACUAAUGUAACUGAUAAGAAAAAGCGAGAAGCCACAAUUGGUCGGCUUCUAAACCAAUUAGCUUUCGUAAAAAUGGGGAGCAGUGUUCCUAUUGGUCCAGUAGAUGACCGGCCAAGGUCCAGGAAACAAUCAAGAGGAAGCCAGUCCAAGAGUUCGUCAGGACGCAUCAGUGAGAGGGAGACGCGUGUUCAUUUAACAGUAGGUCCUCUACUCAACAAGGCUUUAAAACACUUGGAGCUGGCACAGGAUUUUAACGGUAUGUCCAAUGUAUACUUCAACAUAGGACUAUUAGCUAUGAAACAGCAUCAGUGGGCGGACGCUAGGAAGGCUUUACAGACUGCACUAGACAUGCGGAAACAGUGGUUUGGAACCACCCAUCCUACGGUGGCAGAAGUUAUUGACAUGAUGGGAACCCUGUGUUGGAAUGAUAUAAGUUUACAGCAAGAUUUGACCGAACCGGAAAAGCUUUACCGAGAAGCAUUACGCAUGCGUGAAGAAACUCUUGGUUCUUCGCAUCUUCUUGUUGCUAGUACACUCUUUAAACUUGGCAAACUGCUCCACACCAAAAACACCAAAGACACAACCAAAGAAGCUCGUCAACUGUUCCAACGUGCUUUAGACAUCCGAACAGCAAAGUUAGGCGUAUACAACAACGCUACAAAGACAAUAAGAAGAGCACUAAUGAACCUAGAAACUACUGAUGUGGCCUUUCAGUUCGGCACGAGUCUAGCGAUCAAAGAACAGCCUUUGAUUCUACUGAGAGAUUACAAACAGCAGCUUGUAGCAAGAAGUACUUCAAGGCUUGCAAUCCAAGGCAAAUAGAUCAGUUAUAGUGCGGUUUUCGCAUGAGUGGCAAACGAGACGGAAACAGGCUACCGUAACUGCGCGUUGUUGUUAUUAGAUGAAUUACUGAAAGUCAAGAAAGCGGCCAUUUCAAUGUUACGGCAUGUCAUGCCGUGUCCGUGCUGUAAGUCAGUACCGUGCGCUUCGACACAUACAACCAUUCUUAUGGAAAACCAUUUUCAUGUUCUGGCAUGGCGUACCGUAUACGUGUAAGUCAGUACCGUGGGUUUCCCACUCAUACGACAACCAUCUUAUGGAAAGCCAUUUCAAUUAUGACAUGGCGUACUGUGUAAGUGCUGUAAGUCAGCACCGUGCGUUUCCCACUCAUGAAAACAGCUCUAAACAUUACUAGUAUUGACAAGUAACUCCAACAAUUGCCAACUUUUGGCGCCAAAAUUGCUAGCACUUUAUUGGGUUGGAAAGUUGAAAAAGAUUUAAUGGUGCCAAAACAYUUGUAAGAGGAAUUUAUGGGAUGGAAGUCCCCUCCCAAAACAUGGCCGCCAUAUUGAGUGGCAAAAAAUUUAUUCCACCCAAGAAAUACAUUCUAAAUUUUACUAUAAAUUUUAUUGAUUCAACACAUUCCUAUUCGAAUGACAAUGAAUGUGGACACAGUCUUGUUCUUACAUCAUUGAUUGUUACACGAGACAAGCCAGAACUUUUACAAAAAGAGCCGAGCACAAAAGUGCGAAAUAUAUACUUUUCUAAGAAGCAAUAUUUUUUAUAAAUAAAGUUUAAUCUUCAUAUUGCA